AUGGGUCCGUUGCCGCUGGGCCUGCGGCGCCUCCUGCUCCCGGGACCGGGACUGGGGCUGGGCACGGCCCCGCGCUGCGGCGGGAGCUCGGGGAGCGGCAAGGCGCCGCGCCGCACGCUGUAUGAGGUGCUGGACGUCCCGCCCACCGCCACGCCGGCGCAGAUCAAGGCGGCGUACUACCGGCAGUCCUUCCGCUUCCACCCGGACCGCAACGCGGGCAGCGCGGCCGCCGCCGAGCGCUUUGCCGCCGUCAGCGAGGCCUACCGCGUGCUGGGCAGCGCCGCGCUGCGCCGCAAGUACGAUCUCGGCGCCCUCAGCCGCGACGACGUGCGCGGCGCCCCCCGGCCCUCGAGCCGCGCUCCCGCCGCGCCGCCCGCCGCCCGCGCCGCAGCCAA